AUGCAGCCUCCUCGGACGAUCAGAGACCUGCAGCGCCUUAACGGGAGGCUAGUCGCUUUAUCACGUUUUCUCUCCCGAUCGGGAGAUCGCUGCCACUCUUUCUUCCAGGCCCUGAAGGAUCCGAAGAACUUCCGAUGGACGGCGGAAUGCGAAAGGGCCUUCGAGCGGGUGAAGCUACACCUGGCCAGCCUCCCUCGACUCGCUUCGGUCUCCCCGGGGGAGAAAUUGAGUCUCUACCUUGCCGUCUCCCGGCACGCGGUCAGUUCGGUUCUAGUCAAAGAAAAUUCCGGCGAUCAACUGCCGGUCUACUACGUCAGCCACAUGCUGAGCGGGCCGGAAGAACGCUACCCGCCGAUCGAAAAGCUGGCGCUGGCACUCGUCCUGUUGGCGCGAAAGCUCCGCCCUUACUUCCAAGCCCACCCGAUAGAGGUAAUAACUGAUCAGCCGCUUCGGCUUGUUCUGUCCAAAUUCGACGUUGCAGGGCGUCUCCUCAAAUGGGCAGUGGAGCUCGGCGAGCACGACAUACAGUACAUACCUCGGACCGCCAUCAAAGCCCAGUCCGUGGCAGACUUCAUUGCGGAGCUGACCCCGAAUACAGGCGAAGAACCCGAGCCACCGCGCGACACGUGGACCCUCCACGUAGAUGGCUCGGCCAACGCAAAAGGCGCCGGCGCAGGGCUGGUACUGGUAACACCUGACGGUCGCUCGAUUGAGCGCUCCUUCCGCUUCGGGUUCAGGGCCACCAACAACGAGGCAGAAUACGAGGCUCUCCUGGCGGGGCUCCAGUUGGCACUGGAAAUGCAGGUGACCAACAUACGCGUCAUCACCGACUCGCAACUGGUGGCUAGGCAGCUCGACGGUGGAUACGAGGCCCGGGACCCGACUAUGGCGAAAUACCUGGCACGGGUAAAAAGCCUUGCCGCCAAGUUCGCCCAUUUUGAAUUGUCGAAUGUCCCCAGGAGCGAGAACCAGCGAGCCGACACCCUGGCAAAACUGGCGUCCGGCCCGGCCCCCUGGGCUCGGCCCGAGACCGAAGAACUCCCCCGCCGAGCCAUAGAGGUCGUCGCCACCGUCGCUCACGGCACGUCGGCAACUUGGGUACAGGAGAUGCUGCGCUUCAAGCGGGACGGGACCCUGCCCGACGAUGCAACUACAGCUCGACGUUUGCGUCGGACGCAGGCGUGGUACACCGAAGAGGGAGGACGGCUGUACAAGCGGUCUUUCUCGCGCCCCUUGUUGCACUGCCUGGAGCCGAGCGAAGCUUGGACGGUUCUGUCCGACAUGCACGAAGGGGCCUGCGGGGAACACAUAGGCGAACGAGCCCUGGCGCACAAGGUACUCCGAUAG